ACCUCGUCAAAUAACCCUCUACUUCACUAAACAUGCUCGGACUGGCCACGUCGAUUCGAGGCGCUGCCUGCGCACUGCCGCGAAGCGGUGGUCUGCGCAGCGGAAGUGCUUUCGCCAAGAUGCUCUCGACCAGCGCUGUCCGCCAGAGCUACGAGGACACAAUCAAGAACAUCCUCGUUAAGAAGGACUCCAAGGUCAUCUGCCAAGGCUUCACCGGUAAGACGGCGACCUUCCACUGCAAGCAAGCACUCGAGUACGGCACGAACCUCGUCGGAGGCGUCUCUCCCAAGAAGGCCGGCCAGGAGCACCUGGGCCUCCCCAUCUUCGCUUCCGUCAAGGAGGCUAUGGACAAGACAAAGGCUCAUGCCAGUGUUCUCUACGUCCCUCCUCCGGCCGCCGCUGAUGCCAUCAUCGAGGCCAUCAACGCUGAAGUGCCCCUCAUUGUCGCCAUUACCGAGGGCAUUCCCCAGGCUGACGAGAUCAGGGUCGCCCACGCCCUCAAGAACCAGUCCAAGUCGAGGCUGAUUGGACCCAACUGCCCUGGUGUCAUCAACCCAGAGGGCUGCAAGAUCGGCAUCAUGCCUGGGCACAUUCACACACCUGGCAAGAUUGGCAUUGUCUCGCGCUCUGGUACGCUGACGUACGAGGCCGUCAACCAAACGACCGAGGUCGGCCUUGGACAGUCGAUCUGCGUGGGCAUUGGCGGAGAUCCUUACCCGGGCAGCACGACGCUGGACCUGGUCAAGCUGCUCCUCGAGGACGACGCGACGCAGGGUAUCGUCCUGAUCGGUGAGAUUGGCGGCAGCAUGGAGGAGGAUGCGGCAGAGUACCUCGAGAAGCACAACAAGACUCGCAAGCAACCCAAGCCGGUGGUGGCCUUUAUCGCGGGCCGGACCGCGCCUCCCGGAAGGAGGAUGGGUCACGCUGGCGCAAUCAUUGCUGGCGGGAAGGGAGGUGCAGGUGACAAGGUGGCCGCCCUGGAGAAGGCCGGCGCCAUUGUUGCAGACAGCCCCGCCAAGAUCGGCGCCUUGAUGAAGGAAGCUAUGCAAAAGGCUGGUCUGGUCUAAGAAGGCAAGGAAGGCAAGAAUGUUUGG